GCAAUGACAAUGAAAAAAUAGAGAGUGCCGCAAACUAGAAUAAUGCAUAUACUUCCAGUGUCAUUUGCUUUGUUCACUUAUACCGGUUAUUGGCGACCGGUGCAUUUUCCCGUGAACUCGUUGAAAUAUUGGAUGUACAAUAUUUACUCUACUUUCAUGUUUAUUUUACUGCAGUUGUUCGUAUUUUAUGGUAUAUUUGAUACUUUCAUAUCGGCGAGCCUAGAAGAAUUCGUAGACAAGUGUUACCUGUUCCUUUCGAUCUUUGGUGUUUCCUGCAAAAUCGUGCAUCUCUUCAUACGUCGGGGAAAGAUUAUUGAUUUGGACAAGAUGCUAUUGAAGGAUAAUUGUAUUCCCAGAGAUGUAGAAGAGAAAUUGAUAAAAAAGAAAUUUGAUCGACACGCGAGACAGCUAACGAUCGGCUGCGAGAUUCUCAAUGAGUUCACCGCAAUAUUUGCUACUUUUGCGCAAUUUUACAAAUCUCUGAAGACGCGCAGCUUGCCUGUGUAUAAUUGGGCGCCUUUCGAACUAUCAUCGAUAUAUAUAUUCUUGCCUAUAUUGAUAUUCCAAUGCGUGGGUUUGACGUUAUGCGCAAAUUCCAGUGUUGCACACGAGACGCUAAUUUCCGGUAUGAUGAUCCAGAUCUGCGCUCAAUUCGAAAUUCUGUGCCAUCGCGCUCAUAAAUUGCCAGCGUUGUUGAUGGAAGCUGAAAAAAAUAGUGAGUCAGACGAAGAUUUAGCAGCACGCGAGAAGACGAUCAUUCACGAUCUGAUAUAUCAUCAUCUGUACAUUUAUAAAUUUGCACACACGGUUAAUGCAGCUUUUACAAUGAUGAUAUUCGUCCAAUUUUCCCUCAUCUCUUUAGUUCUCUGCAUGAGCAUCUACAAACUAUCUACAAUGACGUCAUUAUUUACCCUCGACUUUGCACACACAUUUUCUUAUCUGUGCUCCAUGCUGAUGCAAUUAUUUCUUUAUUGCUGGUAUGGCAACGAGGUGACAUUAAAGAGUAUCGACGUCAGCACUGCUAUCUAUGAGAUGGAUUGGACGACAUUAAGAAUCCGAGUAAUGAAAAAUCUUAUGAUAAUAAUGAUGCGUGCCGGCACACCUAUUAAAAUGUCGAGUGGCUACAUAGUUAUCUUAAGCACCGAUUCCUUUAUGAGCAUUCUCAAAAUAUCCUAUUCGACAUAUAAUUUCUUAAAAGACUCUUAGAUGAAAAGAAAAUAUCAGACUGAAUGCACAGAGUUUUAUGUAAUGUGACUUUUCACGUUUAUCUAUAUUUAGUAGCAGUACUACAUACAUGCUUGAAAUGUGAAGAGGUAAGAUAGAAUUUUGUUAUUUUGAAAUCUUCUAUCAAUUGGUCAUUCUGUAUAUACAUUGCUGCGUAGAACGUUAAUUGGUAAAUACGUAAACAAUUCUGUGGAAUAUCGUUUCAAAAUAUCACUUUUGACAUUUCUAAAUCUCAA